AUGGGAAUUGUCAAUUACAUAACAAGUAUACUUUAUAUCCCUUAUGUAUUCACCCCAUUGGUAUUGUUAAUAUGCUUAUUGUCAUGUAUAAUUGUCAUUAAAUACAAGUCGUUAAGAGAUGAAGAUGUGAUGUUUGUUAUUUUUGCAGUUAUUAUCUGUGUAUUGAUUAAAACAUCAACAAUAUCAAUUCUUGGGACGUACAUAUCACCUAUUAAUCAACCAGUAUUUAUUUAUGCCUACUUCUCUAUCCAACUCCUAAGACAUAUGAUUUGUUUAUUCCAACUGAAAUUAGAAGAACAAUGUUAUUAUUCACCAGCAGCUUUUGUUGCAAACUUUUCAACAAUAGGAUUUAUAGUGUUUAUGCCAAUAUACAUUAUUUUGUUCUGCAUAUUAAUAUUUAAGUGUAUAAGCCUUGCACCAUUAAUUACACUGCCAAUAACAAUACCAGAAUUUAUUAUAAUUCCAAAUGAAGUUAUUUAUGUAAUUUAUAAUUAUGGAUUUAUAUAUAAACGAUGCUAUGAUAAUCAAUGGAGUAAACGAUAUAUUGAACACUUUUUUACAAAAAUACAUUUUGACUUUAUUACAAUAGGAUGUUUAAUUGUUCAUUAUAUUGUUUUACUUAUAUAUACAUGGAGACAACGAUUAAUGGGAAUUUGGAUUGGUUUUCAAAUACUUAGAGUAGGAUUUGCAGGUAUUUUUAAGAUUAGAACAGUUCAGAAAUAUUUUAACCAUCUUGUAAUCACUCUCAAAAUUUGUGAUUUAAAUGAAGGAGAGUGUUCUAUUUGUUAUUCUUGUUUGAAAAGAAAGUGUGUUGCAUUUUCUUGUGGUCAUAAAUUCCAUUAUUCUUGUGUGAUACCAUGGUUACAACAUAAUUCUGUUUGUCCUCUUUGUAAACAACCCAUUCUUCCAUUAAAAAUUAAUUAUGAAAAAUAUAUCAUGAAACUACCUAAAUCAAGUCGUUUUGUUGUGCGUCUUUACCAAUUUUUAUUUAAACAAAAUACUGUUCAAGAACAAAUUGGAGCUAUUAAAGAAGUAUUCCCAAUGAUUCCUGAUGGUAUUAUUCUUCAAGACUUAGAACGAUUUUCAACAACUACUGAUGUCAUUGCACAUUAUAUAGAUCAUCCAGAGAUGGUUGAUGAACACACAAAUGCUGUGAUUAAUGAACAAGAAACACAACAUGAAUUAGCACCAGAUUUUGAUAUAAUGAAAAAUCUUGAAGGAAUAGAAGAAGAUUCUACAGAAAGUAGUGAUGAAAAUAUUAAUUUAGAAGAGCUUUAUCAAAUCAAUGAAUUAAGAAAACGUAAGUUAAUUGAAGAUAAUUUAUAA